AUGCACACCCUCGCGACGGUAGCAACGGUGCUGACCGCGUUGCUGCUAGCGGUGUCGGCGCAGCAACCCGGCGGCAAUUACGUCGACGAUUACGCCCAGUAUGACUCGCAACGACCAAGUCAGCCUACCCCGCGUAGCUACGCGACCGACGACGUGCCGGCCCGACAAGCAGCCGCACCGGCAAACGCGAAACCGCCAGUCGCGAUCCUGAAGCAGAUCAACCGGCACAACGAGGACGGUUCGUACACGUACGGGUUUGAGGGCGCGGACGGCUCUUUCAAGAUCGAGACCAAGCUGCCGACCGGCGAUGUGCGUGGCAAGUACGGCUUCGUCGACGAUACCGGCAAGGUGCGCAUCGUCGAGUACGGCGCGAACCAGUACGGGUUCCAGCCAGCUGGAGAGGGUAUCACCGUCGCGCCACCCACCCUCGUUGACGAGACCACCAGCAAAGAAGCCAUCGAUGCGGCAGCGUAUCAGGAGUAUCAGCAACAGCAACAGCAGCAACGAGCAGCAGCACGCCCGGCUUAUCAGCCGCCACCCCAGCAAUCGCAUACUCAGGCCGUAUACGCACCCGCACAGGUAGCCCCGAGUAGACCCGCGCUUCCGAAACCACCCAUCUUCACGCCAGCCGCCCCCGCGCCCCGACAAUCUCUGCUGCAGAACCCGGGCUACGAAGAGCCCGCGCCAACCUCGCAGCUCUACAAUCAGGGACCGGCGCAAUUCAGCCCGGCGCCCAACCAGCAGGAACGCCGUUCCCAGCCGCAGCCCCGCAGCGGCGGUGGUAUCCUGGACCAGCUCGCCAGGGACUACGCCCUGCCGCAAGGAGUGGCGCCGCCGUUGCACGACAUCAGCUUCGGCUACUACAAGUAGUAGUCGUCUACUAGUCCUGCCCCCCUUGUCUACCGGAGAGCGCGAGAGUCUGGGAUCAAUCGUUACCUGAACCUGAACGACAUUUUUCAUUGCGUUUCGUAACGAUGUUAUGCUCUUUGAGAUUAUUCUCGUAUUUUAUUUUGUUUUAUUUUUUUAUAUAACACACAAGGAAUCCGCCUCGUAUUGGCGUAGACUUCUGUUUUAGCAAAUGCAGCAUAAUUCAGGUCCAGAAUUCAGAUCACGAGUUGGCGUUAACGAUCGAUCCCGUCCUCUUCCGCGCACCGGAGCGUGUUGGUCUUGUAUUCUAUUCGUGAACGCCAACGCCCCGACGACGCGAAUUGUUAACUCGUCGUGAUCGCGGCAUGGCUCACUCUCCCUAAAGUCGGCCGGCACUGUGAUCUAUGAUCGCCGCGACUGGAUCGUCCGCUAUGGUCGGAGAUCGAGGACCACUACUGACGUCUGAAGUCACGAGUCGGAAGCUAAGCUGACUCCAUUCUGUCCAUGUGACGCAUCGUGCUUUCCAUACUCUUUGAUUAACAAUUAAAAAUGCGCGCAUUAUGAUGCAGACAAUCUCAUUAUCUACAGAUUGUUUUGCGAAUAAUGAUAAGUCGACAGCGGAACUAGAAAUAAUUUUCAGCAAAGAUCAAUUCGUACGUCACAUGGACUAAAUGGACGCGAGGCUUCUUCUUUAUUCUCUUUGAUUUUAAAAGUUCAAUAAAAUAGGAUAGAGAACUAUGUAACAAAGUUAUAUUGUAAAGCUAGAGACUACAUGAACGCCGAUUUCUUCGCGGGUCACCAAGGUCCUCGAUUUCCUGCUACGCAGUUACAAUCAUCUCACAACGGUUUUCACCGAUACUCACCGAGUUGUAACGUUAGGGAAUUCGACAUCAUUAUUUGUAUCAACCAUAAAAAUUAUCGUUACGCGAUUCAUGAUUCAUUAAGGAAUUUGUUCGGAUUAACGAGCGAUAAUAAUUAGGUGAUAGUAGGAGGUGUGAAAACCCCAUUCUGUAAAAAGAGUGUAUAUAAAAUCUCUCGUCUUUCUCUUUGAGCGUCCACCUUUGUUUCUUUUUCUUUUGUUUUUUUUGUUUUUUCUUUAAAAAAUGCAGCGCUCGCGCCGAGAACUCGACGUUGAGGCACCGUUGCGAUCCGAGUUACAACCGCGUUUUCACGACGUGGUCUCGCGGGAAUGCAUGUAAACUGGGCGCGCUUGCCGCUGUAAUUAGAUUAUUGUAAGGUAAUUCGAGUGGAAUAAAGUGAGGCCAAUACUAAA